GUAAUACACUUUUGAAAAUUAUAACGAUAAAAUAGGUUCUUGGAUAAAAUCUUAUUCAUAGUAGCAAACCAUUAUUUAUUUACAGGGAUUGUUAUCUACAACUGAUUAUUCAUGACACAGAAAUGACAGACGUAGAUAAAUCAUUAUCAUUUAUAAUUUCCUUUCUGGUUUUCAACAAUCGGAAUAUUACAUAUAGAUAAAUUAAGUUUUAGUGAUUGCUUUUCCUAUGUUGUUAGUUCUACUAGGUACUUCAGUUAUUUGUCUGAAGAAAAACAUCUAUGGUAGAGGAUCAUAAUUCGAAAACAAACUGUUAUCUAAUUCUUGGGGGAACUGAAUUAUUGUUUUGUGGUAUGAAGGUAUGGAGAAAGAAGAAGUUAUAUUUCAACAAAAAACUGACCAUAAUGGUGUUAACGAGUUCAAAUUAAGCCUAUCUAGUAUUACAGUAGAACCUUUGGUUCUAAUAUACAUCCUUCCUUCAACCAUUAAUACUUUAAUUACACAAAAUUUGAUACUUGAAGAAUCAUGUCGUGUCAAUCUUGGUUACAAUCAAUCUGUAUGUGAUGCAAUAAUGCAGAAAAAUACUUCGGGUUAUACCGAAAUUGAAGAAACUUCCGUACAAAAGUUAGCCUCUGACAUAUUAUUCAUAAAAAGUCUGGUCCAUGGAGUAAUACCUGUUAUUAUAAUGCUUUUUGUUGGAUCUUGGAGCGAUGGAGAGCAUCGACGAAGACCUUGUAUACUCGGACCUAUAAUUGGUGAAUUGAUAGCAGUUGCAUUUCUUAUAGCCAAUUCACUUUUUUCUCAUAAAUUACCUGCUCUGUUAACGGCACUGGCAUACAGUUUACCCAUGGCCAUAUCAGGGGGUCUCCCUUGUCUAUUCUUAGGUGUUUAUAGUUAUGUUGCCACAUGUAGUAGUGAGGAAAGCUUGACAAUGAAAAUAGGUGGAGUUUCUACGAUUGAAAAAUUGGCAUAUAUCGUAGGAUUCGGAAUAAGUGGUAUCAUUCUGAAUCUUCUUGGAUUUAUCGGUUCUUACACAACAACAUUUUUCAUGAUUCUAUCUUCUUUCGUAUAUGGGUACUAUAUUCUCAGAGAAAGAAGAAUAAUUGUCACCGACAUGGAGGAAGAAUUUCGUGACCUGAAGGAAGCACCAAUAAAAUUUACAGAGGACUUAUACGUAAUGAAGCAUUUUUUCCACACAAUUCGAGUUUUACUAUCUAAAAGACCAUGUAAUAGAAGAUUGAGAUUGUUUGCUUGUGUUUUACUCAUAAUGAUUGUCAACGGACCUUUGAAAGGUGAACAAUCAGUCUUUUUUCUCUAUACAAAAUUUAGAUUUGGCUGGAAUUACUGGCACUAUUGCCUAUUUUAUGCGGGUCAGUUUGUGUUUGAGAUAAUAGGUUCUCUACUGGUUCUGCUGAUUUUAAUAAAAUAUUUCAAAUGGAAAGACGAAGCACUGGGUAUCCUUUCGUUUACGAGUUCAAUAAUUGCUUGUAUUGUAUUUGCGAUCGCAGGAGAUGGUAUAUGGUUCAGUGCAGGUGCUAUUUUGAAUUUAUUCAAUGGAACAUCUCAGAUCGCUCUUAGAUCUCUCAUGUCAAAACUGGUGCAAAAUCAUGAGAUUGGAAAGACCAAUUCUAUAUUCCAAAUUAGCGAGUCCUUAACGCAUCUGUUUUUUGGAUCAGUUUAUACGCUGCUCUAUAAAAAUUCAAUGCAUGUAUUUGCUGGAAGUAUUUUUUUACUUUCUUCAGUUUUGAAGUUUGUUGGAGUUAUAAUCUUCAUAUGGCUAUUUGAUCAAUCGGUGAAGCACAAAACUGGAAACGUAGAAUUAGAAUUGACUCCACAAAGUUUGGACGGAGACUCUUAGAAAGAGGAAGGGAUAAAAUGAAGAUAAUGAACUUGUAUCCAGAUGCGUAAAAUGAAAUAUAAGAAUUGGUUUCGCUAAAAUAAAUAUUUUUUUGAUAACUA